AAACUCCCAGUAUUGAAAAGCUACUAUCAAAGGACUGGAAAGACAAGCUUCUUGCCAUGGGAUCAGGGAACUUUGGAGAAAUAAAAGGGACCCCAGAAAGCCUCGCGGAGAAAGAAAGGCAGCUCAUGGGUAUGAUCAAUCAGCUGACCAGUUUGCGAGAACAGCUGCUCGCGGCUCACGAUGAACAGAAGAAACUGGCUGCAUCACAGAUCGAGAAACAGCGCCAGCAAAUGGAGCUGGCUAAGCAGCAGCAAGAACAGAUCGCAAGACAACAGCAGCAGCUCCUGCAGCAGCAACACAAAAUUAACCUUCUCCAGCAACAGAUCCAGGAGAGACAAGGCCUUUCUCCACCAUUAAUGAUUCCCGUAUUCCCUCCAGACCAACGAACCCUAGCAGCAGCUGCACAGCAAGGAUUCCUGCUUCCUCCUGGUUUCAGCUACAAAGCGGGAUGCAGUGACCCUUACCCCGUUCAGCUGAUCCCAACUACCAUGGCAGCUGCUGCCGCAGCAACACCAGGCCUCGGCCCGCUCCAACUGCAGCAGUUGUAUGCUGCCCAACUUGCUGCGAUGCAAGUGUCUCCAGGAGGCAAGAUACCUGGCAUACCCCAGGGUAACCUCGGUGCUGCUGUGUCCCCUACCAGCAUCCACACAGACAAGAGCACAAACAGCCCUCCACCCAAAAGCAAGGAUGAAGUAGCCCAGCCUCUGAACCUUUCAGCCAAACCCAAGACAUCUGAUGGCAAGUCUCCCACAUCACCCACCUCUCCUCAUAUGCCCGCUCUGAGAAUAAACAGUGGGGCCAGUUCACUAAAAUCCUCUGUGCCAGCAACAUUAGCUAGCCCUUCGGCCCGAGCUAACACAAUAGGUUAUUUAAAUGACCACGAUGCUGUUACCAAGGCAAUCCAGGAGGCCCGGCAGAUGAAGGAGCAGCUUCGGAGGGAACAGCAGGUGCUGGAUGGGAAGGUGGCCGUGGUGAAUAGCCUGGGUCUCAAUAACUGCAGGACAGAAAAG